AACAAUAGUCUAGUCUAACCAAGUCUAACUGAGUUUAACAUAGGAAACACGCACAGAACAGGUUGCUAAUCACCGGGGACUUAAACAACAAACAAUUUCAGGGACGCGUGGGUCUGAGGGAAUUUUUAAUACUAAGCAAAUGUGGUGUUGAUUUGUGGUCGCUUGAAAAAUGGAGUUUGUCGAGCUCAUUAAAACUUCGAGAGUUGACAAUGUUACUUUACACACUCACAUUGGGAAACCGGUGGAGGUGUCACUCUGCGUUAGUUCCCAUCACUUGAUUCUCUCUGCUCGGAAAGAAGGAGUUGAAGAGCUUUGGAUUUUACACCAAAAUAUUGAUGCAGUGGAAAGGAAACCUAAUGGAAUGGUUGGUGGAACAAUCGUUGUCAAAUGCAAAGACUUCAGAAUAAUUCAGCUGGACUUGAACAGCGGCUACGAAAAAUUUGUCAAUGUCGCUAACUCGCUUGAGUGGCUUUCAACACUAGACAACAUGACUCUGCUCUACCCAUUUUUUUAUCGUCCUGUCUACAAUAUGCUCGAAGAUGGAUGGAGUGCAUUCAAAACAGAAAGUGAAUUUUCAAAGUUAUUGGUACCUGGAAGUAAUGAAGAGUGGAGAAUCAGCUACGUCAACAAAAAUUUUACUAUUUGUCGUAGCUACCCCAGUGCUGUUGUGGUUCCUAAAAAUAUUGACGACGAAACCUUGAUAGCAGCGUCCAAAUUUAGACAUGGUGGAAGAUUUCCUGUGUUGAGCUACAAGCAUGAAGGAGGAUCUGUGCUUCUGAGAGCAAGCCAGCCUCUUGCAGGCCCUGGUGUUAAAAGGUGCAAGGAAGAUGAAAAACUUGUGAACUCGGUGCUAGGACCCGGAAAGAAGGGAUACAUUGUGGAUACCAGAUCUCAGAGCCUCGCACAAAGUGCAAAAGCUAGAGGUGGAGGAGUUGAACCUGAGGCGCAUUAUCCGCUGUGGAAAAGGGUUCAAAGGCCGAUUGAUCGGCAAGCUGUGUAUUUGGACAGUCUAUCCAAGCUAGUUGAUGCCUGCAAUGACGUAAGCUGCUCCAUUGACAAGUGGAUGUCCCGUCUUGAGAGCUCCAGCUGGCUGAGCCACGUGAAAGACUCGCUGAACUGUGCCUGCGUUGUUGCUCAGUGCAUCGACCAAGAAGGCGCUUCAGUUUUGCUUCACGGGUCGGAAGGUCUUGACUCGACGCUUUUGGUUACUUCACUUUGCCAGAUAAUUCUUAACCCUGAUUGCCGAACAGUGCGAGGUUUGGAGGCUUUGGUGGAGCGGGAGUGGCUACAAGCUGGUCAUCCGUUUUCGUUACGCCACAAGAAGAGCUGCUAUUCAGUGGGAGGAAGCAGUGUUGUCCCUGGAGGAAACAAAAGUGGUGUUAUUAAAGGCCAACAAGCUUGUACAUUCCUGCUCUUUUUGGACUGCGUGUUCCAAAUCCACUGCCAGUUCCCUUGCUCCUUCGAAUUCAACACGCAUUUGCUGAUUUUGUUGUUUGAACAUUCCUACAGCUCGCAAUUUGGCACUUUUCUGGGCAACUGUGAAGCUGACAGGGAGCGGUUGGAGCUGUCCAAAAAGACGGUUAGUUUGUGGUCACAUCUGAACCGACCUGAGGUGCUGCCUUCCCUGAUGAACCCAAUGUAUGAGCCAAACUCAAAAGUGAUCUGGCCUUCCGUGGCGCCGAUGAGUCUUAUCUUAUGGAGGGAGCUAUUCUUGCGGUACUCGUCAGCAUUGGCAGAUGGAGUAAGCACGAGAUUAAAGGCUGCCUCCGAAAACACCAUUCACCUUAAUGUCAAAGACAAGGAGCUGAGAAGCAAGGCUGCCAAGCUUAGACGCCAGCUGAUGGAGCUCGAGAAAGAAGCAAUAGAAAUUGGUGUUCUAGAAUCUCCAACGUCAGCACUGCUAGCUGAAUCUGCGGACGCAACUACUGGAGGGACCGAAGAAGUGGCAAAAAAUAAUUCAUAUCCCUAGUCAAUUUCCUGCGUUAGUUAUAUUGUUACGCCUAUAUCACAGAUAAGUAUGAAUGUAAACACUUUUGCUAGUGGGAUCUGCACAGGAACUAUACUUAAAUUUAAAAUUAUUACAAAGUAAAGAAACAAAGAUGCUUCUUGUACAAAUAGUCAAGGAAAGGACCUUUAAAUAUCCUUGCACUAUAGUGUUCUACAUUUUCACUUGUUUGGUGUUUUUUCCAUCUAUCUAAGGUACCAGGUUCAGAUUUUAUUAUAAUUUAUGACUGCGAGUUUAUUUGAGAGUCAGAGUACUUUUUAUAAUACAGCUAUAAUUGUGUGUCUGGGAAUUUGAAACAAAAGAGUUUGCAUCAUUUUACACAAAAAUUGUUGGGAGAGGUGGAAAUUUUGUAAAUCCUUAAGAAACAAUAAUUAUAUUCAACGAUUCAUUAAAUUUAGCAGCAAUGCAUUUAAUCAACCAGUAAAAA